AUGGAUUCAGACUGGAACACCUCUUCCAAACAAAUCAACGGUAUCAACUUCGAUAAUUAUAUUGCACAACGACGUUCGUAUAAUUCUGUAGUAUUUGUACACAAAAAAUAUUUAGAGGAACCUGAACCAGCCGAAGAAAAGGUACAAAAAGUCAAAGCAAAAAGAGAAAAGAAGCAUAAACAAGAAAAGAAUCAAGACAAAUGUCAACAGUUCACAAGCGUUAGCAUACCAGACAACAGAUUUAAAAGUGUUAAAACUAAUAAAAUCUCUUGCAAUAAUAAUACUGUUUUAGACCAAACCAUAAAAUUUGCUAAAGAUAUAGUCCCACUAAUAAUCCCCCCUGAUGAAGAUAAAUCAAACGUAUUUUAUACAAUUAAAACAUCUAAAAAGCAUACGCGGAAGGAGAAAAAACCUCCAGCUUCAAAUUUAGAUCAUCACCAGCUGGCACAAGAACAGCAAGAAUCAAAAAAAUUAAUAGAAACAUUUAGAAAAGUUAAGAAAGAAAGUUUUAGUGUUCAUGAGUCUAUUAGUCAUUCUUCAAGUAAUACAUUAGAGGAUUUAAACAUUGAUCAAUCCCUGUGUUGUACGUUUUCUGAGGUAUCAGAAAAAAAGUAUCACAAAAAAGACAAGCAUCAUUCUAAAACAUCCAGUCAUGAUCAGAAAUUUGCAAUAUCAGAAUCAUUUGAAGCUGUUGCCACCGAAAAUAUUGGUGGUGAUGCAAGAAUAAAAAUACAUCUUAUGAAUGAAAAAGACAAACAUUUUCUUAGUGAAACUAUCAAAGAGCCUGUUUUAAAAGCAAUUAGGAAUUGUAUCUUAGAGUUAAACAAUAAUAAUACAAAUACAGAAUUGCCUGCUAUUCAAAAAUACAUAAAGACCAACUCUCAAAAACUAGAUAAUAUUCUAGAUAAAUUAACAUCCAUUGAAAGAAAGUUAGAAAGUUACGAAAUAAACAUAGGUAACCAAGAAAAACAAUUAAAUAUUCAUGAGCACAAAUUGAAUACUCACAAAAAUAAGUUUGAUUCCCAUGAAAUAAAGUUAGAUUCCCAUGAAGCGAAGUUACAUUCCAUUGAAGUAAAGUUAGAUUCAAAUGAAAAUAAAUUUGAUUCACAAAUAACAAAGCGGAAUGCCCAUUCAUCCCAGUUGAAUCCCAAUGAAUUAAAGUCAAUUGACGACGCAAAGAGAUCAAAUCAUGAACGAAAGUUAGAUUCUCAAAGCAAGGAGAGCGCUCGGGAAGCAGGACAAGAAGUUGCAGAUAAAAGAGCCGCACAGACAAAGUUACCUCCUAGUGACGCAAAAUCAUCGACACUUGAAGAACUAGGAGCAGAUCUUAUUGAAAUGGACGAAGAAUAUACAUCAGAGGAAGAGUUACAUCAAGAACUCCUAGAUAGGAGAAGUAAGAGUAAUGUUGUAAUAGAACUGGCGCCGAAAACUAGUAACAAAAACAGAAUGGAAAGUCUUGGAGGUGGUGAAGUGCCUCCCGCAGUUAAAGGUACCUCAAUAGGGACUAAACUAGAGCGGCCUAAUAGAAUACCGGCAAGAUUUUGUUGGACAGACACCGUAAGAAAGAAUUGA